AAAUGCAAACAUACUGAAUUAAUUGUGAAAACAAUAGAAAGAGCGGCAGAGUUCAACACAGCCGAUAUCUGACCGUCUACCCUCCCUCACUUAUCUCGUUGAAUGACCUGUCUCUGCGCUGUGUUGAAUGUAGGCUACGGUACUAGACCUCAUUUAUCCAGUACUGCGGAAGACUGUCCCAUUGUAUUUGUCGACACAUCAUGACGUAAAACUGUUUGUCUUUCGGUAAUCCAACAAUGGAAAAUUCGUUCGCAGUACUAGAUUCCUCUUUCUAGUAGUAUUGGGUGGCCGCCAAAAUAUGUCAUUCCGUUCAAGAUUAUGAAAGCAACCCCGCAGUCUUUUCAGCAGUUUCAAAUGACGUCAAACAAACUGAGAGGUAUUCAAAGGCAUCUGGUCUAUUUUCUAUUUCUGGGUAUGACAGUGGGGUUAUCCCAGUGACUAAUUUAACAGCCCGUACAAUAAUGCCUUAUUUGGUUACUAUGAUGCAAUUCUCUUCUCUAUCCAAAAUGACGUAGGUUGGAUGAAUUUUGUAUAUAUAGCUUAUUGGCCUUUUCAUUCAUAAUGCAAAUUUUCUCGUAACCAGAGCAGUCAAGUUGUAUUGAUCUUGAUGAAAAUGAAUCAAAUCGCAGAGAUUGACUACCUUUUCGGAGUUUCGCGUAUUUUUGCGCUCUCUUCUGCCCAGGGCCGAUUAACUCACGAGCAACGUCUUGGUUUGAAAAAAGAUGGGAGACCUUGUCCCAAAAUUGAAAUUAAAAACCGUGACAGUGAGACCGUUUACAAUAAUUUUUUAUGGAUGUGUGGCGAUGCAGAAAAGAACACUUAUUUUUGCUGGCCUUGUUUGGUCAUGGGUGAUCUGUCCAAGGUAUGGGUACAUUUCAUUUAUUUUCUAAAUGCUUUUUAUAAUAGAGGAAAAUGAAGCAAUUUGCAACUGUCUACUUUCCAGGAUACAUUCUUAGUGUAAAUGGAGUCAUCAAGGUUGUUCUAUAUGAUACUCAGGGGCGGAUCCAGACAUUCGCAACAUUCGCACUGGCGAAUGUCAGAUUUCCACAUGUCUUUUUGUAAUUGUCUGUUAAUACAUUUUAGCAUUGUGAAUAUUGUACUAGAAAUGGCCAGAUAAUAAAAAAAGGUCCAUAGAAUACAAGAAAUAAAAGUUUUGUUUCCUGCUCUAGUUGCUAUGAUGUCACCUUGUUGUUUACUUUUUUGGUUUUAUUCCCUCGUUUUCGUGAUUUAGAGAUGAUAUAUUCGAAAGAGGGCUCCCCCUUUUACGCAUAAAUUCACAGAGCACCAAUAAGGUUUGAUGCGAAUGUCGAAUGGAAUUAUAAUAUAUUAGGCAUGCGUGCGCAAACGAAGUAGUACUGAAAAAUGUAUGCCAAAAAUUUGUGCGAAUGUCAGUCCAGCUAUGUUAUUUAGCCAUCUGAAAACCAAUAGGAAAUGUAUAUGGGAUUUUUUUUGCGAAUGUGGCGAAGGUAGAUGCGAACUAUGUUUGGUAGCCAGUUGAGGGAGAGAACCUUGGAAAGAGAGCAGAUAGAAACCUCGCUUCCACACCAACGGCCAUGAUUGUUGUUGGAAAGCUGUGGAGAUAUUUGCUUGCAGAAGGGCAGCAAUUGUACUUCUGAGCACAUCACACAGCAGUUUAGAUAGAAAGGCGAAUGCACAAAAUAAAUAGUAGAAAAGCUCUGAGUCCCUAAAGUAUUUGGUGUUGAAGUCAAACAUUUGGGUGGAUAUUGCAUUGAAAAUUUCUACACUAAACACAGUAUUUGAUUGUUAAAUAAUAUCAUUGUAUAAAUAGAACUAUUAUUCCUUUCUUUAAAUGGCUGUUUUUUAAGUGAGUGACAUAAAAUGUUUUUGAUGAGUUUUUCUCCCUGAGAAGGGGUGAUAUACACACCUAAUAUACCCUUAUUUUAGCUCAUCCUCUUUGUUUUUGACAAUUUGUGAUUCUAUGCCUAGACUUGCCAUUAAAUCAUCAUUAAGAGGAUAUUUCAAAUCUUUGCUGUUGUUUUUCCACCACAAAAGUCAUGUAGGAAACAAAACAUGCCAACACAACAAAAGCUUGAUGAGUGUUUCUCAAAUUUUUUCCAGAGAUCUCUUUUCUUGUUCCCUCAAUGAGUAAAAUGCCAAAUUGUCAAUGAAACCCAGACCUGGUUGUUAUUCUUAAUAUUUAGUGUUGUUAGUUUCCUAAUCCUAAAACAUAAUAUGAGGAAAAAUACAUCUUUAAGUGACUGAUUUCUCAAAUAUCUCAAUUAAAUCUCACUUGUAGAAGGAAAACUUCGAUUCUAAGACUAUAGUAAAAUUUGAGCGAUUUUUCUGGGCGUGGUCAUAUAGGCGUGGUCGAAACUUUGCGAAUGUCAGAUUUUUUUCUGCAUCCGCCCCUGAUGAUACUAUAUUGUUUUAUAAUAGAUGAUAAAAGCGUCUAGAAACCCGCAUCACUAGAUUCUCCUUUCUAGUACUUCCGUGAAGAGAGCGGCCACCCACUGGUGGGGCUCGGUGCCGCAAGAGAUUAACUUCCCAUAUUAUCAACGUGCCUCUCCUUUAUGGCCUUUGACAGCAACCGACAAAACACUGCAUUUUCAAACAAGUGCUGCCUGCCCUAAGCGUAAUCAUAAACUUUUCAUAAACAAAAAGUUGGUAUGAUACUACAGUUUAAACUCUCAUAGCUCUCAUUGGAGCAAACGUUUUUUCAGUGACUGGAGGCUCGAUAAUCAAUUGAUUGAAACAAAAAAUCUACAAACUAUCAAACUGAGCUAUCAAUCAGGGUCUUGUUUUCGGCUGAAAAUUCCGGGACAGGAUUAUGCAAUUUUCCGGCACAAGUAUGGCGAUUGAAGACAUCAUGCUUUUAGAAUUUUAUUCCAGUACAGGGUGUUUUAAUAAAUUUAAUAAGGACAGUUUAAUAAAGUUUAUUACAGAAUUUUCAUUGACCUACGAUCCCUUUUUUUCUAGAUGAAAGCAACAUCUUUUGCACGAAAAAGUGGUUUUCAAUCUUCUGGAGACAACCUUUGGAAUCUUUCGAAGCGCCACGAGAAAACUAAAAUGCACAUCAUCAACCACACUGCCUACCAACUUUUAGGAAAUGUUGACGUUUCUUGUGCAUUGGAUGAAGUAAGACGUAGACAGGUACAGCAACACAACAAAAAUGCGUCAAGAUAUUCAAGAAUACUAAAGUACCACAUUUCUUUAGCUGUGUUUCUCUCAGCACAAGGCCUUGCAUUUCGAGCACAUGACGAAUCAAAGUUAUCAUCCAAUAGAGGAAACUUCAUCGAGCUGCUUGACCUCAUCGCCAAUUAUUGCAGUGAUUUGCAAGAUUUUCUUAACGAAGAAAAGAUCACGUAUACGUCACACGAGCCACAGAAUGAUUUGAUAGAGUGCGUGUUCCAAGAGGUAAAAGAGGAAAUUCAGCGGAGAAUCGACAAAUCCCAAUUUUUGGCUGUCAUGAUGGAUGAAACCAGCGAUGUUAGCAGGGUGGAGCAGUCAGCUGUUUCAGUACGCCUAAUCAACGAAGGAGAGGUAGAGGAACACCUUUUGGGAAUAAUUGAAUGUUCCAAAGAUACAACUGCAAAUACAUUGUCAUCGAUUCUUCUCAAGAAAUUGGAAGAAUAUAAGAUCACGCCACAAAACGGAGGGAAAAAGCUCAUCGGGCAGUCCUAUGACGGUGCCGCUACGAUGUCAGGUGAAUUAAAUGGCAUCCAAAAGCAGGUUCAAGAUAGAUUUCCUGCUGAAUAUUACAACCACUGUGUUGCUCACAGGAUAUCACUUUGUGCCUCACAAUCAGCAAAAAAAAUUCCAAAAGUUGCCAAAUUUUUUGACACUGUUGAUAAACUUAUACGUUUUUUUAGAAACAGCCCAAAGCGAACGUCUCAACUUGGCCAUAGUCUACCGAAACCUGGUGAUACACGUUGGUUAUUGCGUGAUGCAGCGAUUGGGGUCAUUGAUUCAUUGUAUGAAACAAUCGGAGCAGUGCUGUAUGAAAUGGCCAAUGAUAAAGAUGACAAAACGGAGACACAAGUCACUGCUCGAGGGCUCUGUUUGCAAAUUCAGCACAUCGAAUUCGUAUUUCUUUUGAAAAUAUACCGAAAGAUUUUUGCCCACUGUGCCCCAAUAAUAACAGUCAUGCAAAAUCCGACCCUUGACGCAGUGCAAUUGUCAUCAAUGCUGGAAGAUUUUCAGAGAUUUUUGCUGAAUUUGGAUUGCAACCAUAUUUGGGAGGAUGCAAUGCUCCUGGAUCCUGAGAUGCCUGCAGUUCGCCAACGAAAUGGAUGGAGAGGAGUCGAGGAAGCAGUAGAUUCAACAGGUAGUUGGAAGAUAAAUUUACUGGCAAUUUCCUCAGAAAUUGCACAAAAGUUUUUGGAACAAUUGCUUUGGCGAUUUGAAAAUCUCACAAGAUUCAAAUGGAUGGAAUUAAUUCACCCUUCAAAAUUUGACGAGAGGAAAAAGAUGCCACCAGCUAAGCAAAAAGAACUUAUAUGUAAAGUCAAAGAACUUUAUCCAUUCGCAGUACCUGAUGCUUUAGCGCUUGAACAUAACCUAAGUGUGCUUUACGAUAACAACGAAAUAAAAAUUCUGCUAGAUAAAAUCGUAGGAUGCCACCAGCUAAGCAAAAAGAACUUAUAUGUAAAGUCAAAGAACUUUAUCCAUUCGCAGUACCUGAUGCUUUAGCGCUUGAACAUAACCUAAGUGUGCUUUACGAUAACAACGAAAUAAAAAUUCUGCUAGAUAAAAUCGUAGGAUGCCACCAGCUAAGCAAAAAGAACUUAUAUGUAAAGUCAAAGAACUCUAUCCAUUCGCAGUACCUGAUGCUUUAGCGCUUGAACAUAACCUAAGUGUGCUUUACGAUAACAACGAAAUAAAAAUUCUGCUAGAUAAAAUCGUAAGAGAACGAGAUGAGCUGGCAGCUAAGAAAAGAGAGAGACAGCGUAAAACGAAGCAAGCAAAUGAGGAGCCGAACGAAAACAAAGAGACUGACAGAAGCACAGUAGAAGUUGAGGAUUCAUUUGAAAGGGAAACAGGAGGAGGAGUCGAAGAGGAAAAUAUAAAGAAGGGAAAGCCAAAUGUUCAAGACUUGCUAAAAGUGAUUAAAACAGCUGGUCUCGAAGAAGCAUUACCUCAGGCUUUGAUUUUGCUGGAGCUGGCUGCCGCAACACCACUUACCAGUGUUCACUGCGAAAGAGUGUUCAGCAGAAUGAAGAAAGUUGUGUCACCGAGCAGAUCAACGAUGUUACAAGCAAGAAAAGAGAUGCUAAUCUUCCUCCAAGUGGAACAUACCAUUGUUCGAUCACUUUCAGAGCAACCAACUUUUAAGGAUAAUGUUGUAAAUAGGUUUAAGUCUUUUAAUCAGCGUCGUUUAGAAAGAUUUUCAAAUAAAUGAGUUUUUAGUUUAACGUGGCAUCAUUUGCAAAAAAACUUUUCCAUUAUGUUUAAAAGAAGAGUGCUUGCAGUUUCCUCAUGCUCUAUGUGUCUUUACUACAGAUUUCUACACACAAAAAUUUAUUGGGAAAUACAUUAGUCUUUUAGAUACGAAUUAGGACCAUAUUCGUUUCAAAGCAAAAAGCUUUCCAAGGAGCUACAUCCCCCCCCCCCACCAUAACACCGGCUGGUCUGUUUUAA